AUGGCGGGACUGGGCGGGGCGGGACUGGACUGGACGGGACGGGACGGGACGGGCCGGGGCCGGCCCCGCGCCGCGCCCCACCUCCCCCCGCGUGCCGCCGUCCUCUCGCGAGACGUCGCGCCCCGCAGAUACUUCCCGGCAGGCGCUGCUCCUCCUUCUUCUCUCGCAGCCCAAGAUGGUGAGCGGCCGCCGGGGCGGGGCAGGGCUCAUCGGCCGCCAUCCGCCGCCAUCCGCCGCUGCCGCUGCGCCGCGGCCCGGCGGGGAAGUACGGCUGGGCUGGAGGCUGCCGGGCUGGAGAAAUGCAUUUCUGGGGGACUGAAAGCUCUUGAGUACACAAGUAUUGGAAGGACAAGAAGAAAGGGGUGUGUUUGUUUCUUGCAGCCGAAAGGAAAGAAGGCAAAGGGCAAGAAGGUGGCACCAGCCCCUGCUGUAGUCAAGAAGCAGGAGGCCAAAAAAGUCGUCAAUCCCCUCUUUGAGAAGAGGCCCAAGAACUUUGGCAUUGGACAGGAUAUCCAGCCAAAGCGGGACCUCACGCGUUUUGUGAAAUGGCCGCGCUACAUCAGGCUGCAGCGCCAGAGGUCCAUCCUUUACAAGCGCUUGAAGGUGCCUCCUGCCAUUAACCAGUUCACUCAGGCUUUGGACCGCCAGACAGCUACGCAGCUUCUGAAGCUGGCACACAAAUACAGGCCAGAAAACAAGCAUGAGAAGAAGCAGAGGCUGCUGGCUCGUGCUGAGCAGAAAGCUGCAGGAAAGGGAGAUGCUCCGACUAAGCGGCCACCAGUUCUCCGAGCAGGUAUUAACAGUGUCACAACUCUGGUGGAGAACAAGAAGGCCCAGCUUGUAGUUAUUGCUCAUGAUGUAGACCCCAUUGAGCUGGUGGUCUUCUUGCCAGCCCUGUGCCGCAAGAUGGGAGUGCCAUACUGCAUCAUCAAGGGCAAAGCCAGACUGGGGCGACUGGUCCACAGGAAAACGUGUACCUCUAUUGCUUUCACCCAAGUUAACCCGGAGGAUAAGGGAGCCCUUGCAAAGCUGGUGGAGGCUGUCAAGACUAAUUACAAUGACAGAUAUGAUGAGAUCCGGCGUCACUGGGGUGGUAAUGUCUUGGGUCCAAAAUCGGUGGCUCGCAUUGCUAAGCUUGAAAAAGCAAAGGCUAAAGAACUGGCUACUAAGCUGGGUUAAAGAUGUACUGGAUGGCUACAUGUUUUCUGUACAUAAAAAGAAUAAAAACUCAGAUUCA